UCGCUAUCAUUUUUCCGCCGUCAUCACCGUCUCAAGCCAUGUCAAGCCCUCUGACCCGCCUUUACAUGAACAGUCGACAUUCUCUGCUUCAUCAAGCAUGGCGACGACAUCCUCUCCAUCUGUAGAACAUCCGCCACUACUACGGGCGACAGUUUUUACUGUCUUCCAGGUCGAUUUUUUGCUGUGGCCGCUGUCUCAGCCAAAUAUCCCCCCCCCCCUCCCAACGACUUUUGAACCGCAUGCAUGCUUUCUGAUGGACGUCGAGAAGAGAAGCCGGAGACUCUUCGCUUGCACAUGGCGGUAUGGGACCACUGAGCGAGAGGGCAACUUCCCCACCACGACGGGACACGACGGUGAAUUUCGUGGGGAGGUUCGUGUCUGCGGUGGGGUCCGGGACCCCCACAGGAGAUGGCAUCCUCCUCUGCAUCGCCGAGUUCUCCGGCGACAUCCGUCUGCAUCCAUAACCCAACCACCACGGCGAUGUGCGCAAGGUGGUACGGGACCACGGAGCGAGAGGGGAGCCUCCAAUGACGACAUGAAAGGGUCGUGGUUCGUAACGAGGCUUGGGUGUGCAUUUGCGGUGUGGGACGACCAGACGGGGACCCCUUCCUCCUCCAACUAUCAUGUACAGAGAUGUAGUGGAGAUGAAAGGGGUUGUGCAUGGCAGUCAUGGAUGAUGUACGGAGGGUACUAUGACUGGAAUUCAUGUAUGUAAAUUGAGAAUAGACAUUUGUGAAUGGUACAGCAGCAGUAUGGUUUGUAAAUAUCACAAACACAACUGUUAGUAUAUUACAAAAAUUUGGGAAAGUCAAUUUGGAUCGC